CAAUCUCUCGAGCUUUCAGAGCGAAAUUAAUCCAGCGUCCAGAAUAGCAGAAUCCGCUGAAGACCUCCUUAGACCUGAGACAAGCUUCUUCGCUUUCAGAGACAUGUUCCCUAUCAAAGAACUACCAUUUGAACUUCGAGCCCUAAUCUACCCACACACCUUGAUUUUGCAGCACGAUAACAGUGCCCCUACCUUCUUGCUUGCUCUCGCGGCUGAUGAUGUUCUUUACGCCGAAGCCCAGCGCAUAUAUCGGGCAAUCAAUGCAAUCGUUACGACCAAGAAUCAAGGUGCUUUCGGGAAGCUGAAGAUGAGUGAGUUGAUGAACAUCAGACAUUUGAGAUUAGUGUUCCCAGGCCCCCAAGAUACGGGACCUCGCAGUUUGCAAAUAUAUAAACCGCUCCUCCAUAAUAACUUCCUCAGCGCAACUCUCGAUUUCUCCGCUCUGGACUCGCAUUCGCGCAAACAUUCCCAGAACCAGGACCAAACCUCGUACUCCGGGCCCAUCGACCUCAUCAAGCAGUUGCUGAGAGCUUCUGUUUGUGGCUUGUCACAAAUAAGCAUCAAAUUUGAGCCCUGGACUGCUGCGUAUGCGCCGUACACUGAUUACGGCCUUGAAACCGACGUGUCUUAUUACACCCAAGAGAAUAGCGCUCGCAGGAAGGACAUAGAAACGCUUAAUAAGCAUCUGGGCGUAGCAGCAAAACUAGAGAGAGUGGUGUCAGCGGAUGUGGAGGAGUGUUGGGUUUGGCGUGCGGGGAAAGGUGAAGUAGGAGCGUUACGUUGGAGGGAACACCCAGAAGUUGACCCGGGAGCUGGACUAGAGGAGGCAUUAGGGGGUAUGUAUGAGAGAUCUGCAAGAGCUUGGAUAAGGGACUUGUCAAUUCGGAGGGAAUUGUAAAAGUGUUGAUAUUUUCAUGCGUUGAUUUGUUUAAACUUGCUUAUUUGUGUGUAUGAAUCUUGUUUAAGUGUGUUAUGUAGCGAACUGGGGAUCUAAUGCGUUAGGGAGCUAUCUCUGAAAUGAUCUAGGCUCAAUUUUGCAACUGCGA